AUGCCUGUCAGCAUUACGCAUUAUCAAAAUUCACAUGUCAACCAGUCAAAUUUUGACUGGUUAAACGGGACAUAUAAGAGGAGGUCUUUAACUUGUGUUAAAGAAGAUCGAAUCAGUAACUUACCAGAGCACUUAAUAGACUCAAUCUUAGAGAGGCUCCGAAUUAAAGAUAUUGUAAGGACCAGCAUUAUAUCAAAAAAGUGGAGGUACAGAUGGACCAAAAUUAAGGUGUUGGUUCUUGAUGAGCAGUUCUCCAUAACAUUUGCACAAAAUGGAGCUUUUGAUCGUAAUGGGUUUAUAAAUACCAUAAACCAUGUCUUGACCUCUCACAAUGGUCCUAUCUUGAAAUUUCAUCUCCAUAUACCAAACAUGUUUCUUGAUAGUUACCAAGAAGUUGAUCAAUGGAUGCUACUCUUAUCAAGAAAAAGUGUUAGGGAACUUGUGUUGAUUACUACUUCAAAUCGACGUGAUGAACUUCCUUCUAAUGUGUUCUCUUGUCUAAAAUUGACAAAACUUGAUUUGAAGAACUGUUUCAUUAAGCAACCACUUGAGCUUGAACGAUUUAUCAAUCUUCAAACUCUUUUUCUCCUGAAUAUUGAUUUUGGAGCUAACUUUUGCGAAACUGAGAUCAACUUACCAAAGCUUAAGACGUUGUCCCUUAGUAACGGUACAAAUGUUUAUAGUUUCAACAUCAAGGUUACAAACCUGCAGAUGUUAUUUGUCUAUGGGUGUCAUGAUGCCAUGUUGCUCCGGUUAUUGCACACUCCAUGCCUUCGCCUUACUGAUGUUAGUAUAGUAUUUAUGAAACCCAUACAGGAUUUUGUUCGAGCUGAAAGAUUGACAUUGGCUACAAUGUUAUCUAACUUGCCCAAAGUUAGAUCUCUAGUUACUGAUGGUCAUUUCCUUAAGUUUUUGAGUGCAGAAAAGAAUCUGAAUUGGCUUCCACAUGCGGUUAAUGGUCUACACAAUUUGUUGUUAACGGAUUUUGAACUUGGUGAUUUGGAUCAACUUCAUGGUGCUCUUUAUUUUCUUCGAAACUCACCCAAUUUAGGAAAUCUGGGUAUAGUGCCUUGGUACAUGGGGCCUCAAGUUGAUGCGGGACCCGCUUUAAAUCAUUUGGAAUCCCUAAACUGCUUGGAUUAUACAUUGAAUGAAUUGCAAACUGUGAUGAUAGUAUCUUUAGAAGGAUCAAGACCUGAACUACUUUUUAUAAAGCUUCUACUUGCUCAUUCUCCUUCUCUAAAGAAGUUUACCUUUAGACUAAAUGAAGUUGAUGUUCAAAAUAGACUUAAAAUUGGUGAGGAUCUUCUGCAGUUCCCCCGAGCCUCACCAAAAGCAGAACUGCUCUACUUGAAUCUAGAGCUGUAA